UCUGUGUAGAUACACCAAACCCCGAACACAUCCAGCAAAGCUAUAUAAUAACCAUUCUCAUAAAACAGAGUGCUCUCUACACUGUAGCUAGACAGGCGCUGGGGCUACAUACCGCAGCUCACUGACUAACACAAGACAAGUGAACGGAUUCUGCACACAGCAGAAACCGUGUGGCAGGCAGAACGCACUGGAGCAGCCGGUACUGAACGCAAGCGAAGCUAACGGCCACGGGGUUUAUAUUAUUACCAAUAUCUCAUAACACUAUAUAGUCAUAGACAGAUAGAAGGGGGGCUGGCUGGAGCGAACAGCGCGGACGAUUAAAGUGAAACGCCGGCAAACAGAGGAGCUCCGAGGUCUGAACCGAAGGAUGCACUGCUUGUGUCUGCUCGUCAGUUAGAUACAGUGGACUCCCCCUGGAUAUAAGCAACUCUUCUAUUCCGUGUCGUCCCACCAGGCUGGAAGGCUAUUUGAUCGCGGGAUCAUUAAAGCUUGCAAGACGAAACCAAGGCAGAAGUAAAAGCCCACAAUUCUGAAUACAGCUCAGCUUUAAUGAAGAAGGAUCAAAUCUGCUAACCAUCUCACUAAAGGGGACACAAGACCCUGAAGACUAAGCAUGGGGUUGCCAUGGAAACCGCUUCUUCUCCUGUCAGUCAUUGGAGGCCUUUCAGAAUUCUGUAAAGCCAUUACUGGACGGCCUGUCUCAUAUGCUGCUUUUUUAAGAAUUAAGCCAGACAGUUCAUCUGCUUUUCUCAAUUCAAAGAGCAGACCUCGCUACUCCAGUCACCAGUCUUCAGCAUCAAAUGGGUGGCAGGCUGUCUCCAAUCAACAUUUGUCUUCAAAGAAUGCAUUCUAUCUUUCUGAUGCUUUCCGACAGGAUGAAACUCAAGAGUUUGGGCCUGCAUUUCUUCGAGAACCUGACAACGCCAUCUUUGCUCUUGAUUCUGAAGAGAAGAAGGUUGCUUUAAACUGUGAAGCCCGAGGAAACCCACCACCAACGUACAGAUGGCUUUUCAAUGGAACGGAAAUAGACAUCACCAUUGAUUACCGAUACAGUCUUAUCAACGGCAACUUGAUUAUUAUGAAUCCUAACGAAGUGAGGGAUUCUGGGAAAUACCAGUGCUUGGUCACGAACAACUUUGGUACCAUCAUCAGCAGGGAUGCUAUGCUGCAGUUUGCUUAUCUCGGGAACUUCAGUGGGCGGACGAGAGGAGCGGUGUCAGUGCGUGAGGGACAGGGGGUGGUUCUGAUGUGCUCUCCGCCACCUCAUGCUCCAGAGAUCACACACAGCUGGGUAUUUAACGAAUUCCCCUUAUUUGUGGCCGAGGACAGUCGUCGGUUCAUCUCCCAGGUAACAGGGAACCUGUACAUCUCUAAAGUGCAGCCCUCAGAUGUCGGAAGCUACAUCUGUCUGGUGAAGAACACUGUGACCAGCGCCAGAGUGCUGAGCCCUCCGACGCCACUGACAUUGAAAACAGAUGCUCUGAAUGCUACAGAGCAAUUUCUACAGAGCAGGGACCCAAGUUAG